UACUUUUACUUGCGUUGGCUUUUUCUCGUACUCUUAUUUGUGUAACUGUAACGAUAAUAAUAAUUGACAAACAUUAAUUAGUAGUAGAUAUAACACGAUAAUAGUACUCAACAAUAAUAAAAAUAUUAAAAUUAGUUAAAAAAUAAUAUUAUUUAUUUUAUUAGUAUAUGUAAGAAAAAUUCAUCAGUUAUCCUGACCUGCGCCUGAUCCAUGCCGACGGUAAUAUUACUGGAUGCGUCUCUCUCCAUGGUCCGAACGAUCGCAGACAAGGAAAAAUUUGAUCCGACCACUUCCACAAACAACCACGUAGUUAACAGGAAGCAACUGGCCAUAGCAGGCAUUUGUGCUCUUCUUGAUCAUUUGAGCUCCAACUAUAAAUUAGAAUUUGUGUCCUUGGUGACGUUUUCACACACAUUUAACCAGCUGGUCCCAUUCACGAGGGACUACAAUGAAAUCAAAUCGGCUCUUUCGACGUACGAGGACCAAAACAUAACAGACAUCGAAGUGGGCCUCGAGGGCGCGGCUCGUGUCAUCUUGAAUGAGUGGGGUGUGACACCUACGUCACAGGUGCUGUUGAUAACAGAAGGACGAUUAGGACUCAGUGAGCACUGCCUUCCAUCAUAUCUUAAAAGACUGAAAAAUCCCACAAAGAAACUACUUUUCCCUUUUCCAUUCAAAUGCGUUCUUCAUGUAGUCUGCCUGUCGACCAUCACCUCCCAUGAAAAUUUCACUGAAAUGAUUUCUUCAUACGAACAGCUACUGAUGUUGAAUAAUGGAGCCAUUAAAAUGUACACACCAGACAAGUUCCUGAAUGUUUCAGCUGUAAAAAGUCUUUUUAAGGAACUAGCAGAAGAGAACUUCAAGCCCCAUCCAUGUUAUCUGAAGUGUGGAAACCUCAGAUGUCACAUCUCUGUAUUUCCUGAUUUUCACAAAAAAACGUUAGAUUAUUAUACAUUUAAAUUUUUAAAUGCUAUAUCGACCUCGAUAUGGCCUGAAUUGGAAAUAUGUGGCUUCAUGAACAUCUCUGACGUCGCCAGUCCUCCAUUUCUCUCCAAGCAUCUCAUCUUCCCUGCCCUUGAUCCAGAGAGCAGUGAAGAUAAGGAAGGUGCUGAAAAGGUGCCUGCAUUCACUGUCCUGCUGCACGGCAGUCUGAAGGUGGAGAACAUGGUGGCCAUUGUUCAAAUCAGUGAGGCGUGGUUCGGUAUGUUGUAUUCUCAUGCUGACUCCAAGAAGAAGUCUAACCUCACCCUUGCUUGCUUCCAUACAGGUCUUGAUGCCUUACCCUGGUUGGGAAACUUCAAGAAGCUUGGUCCAAUGAAAGAGGGCGAACCUUCACCCUACCUGGACGGCAAAUCACCAUUCCCAGUGCCUACAAGCGAUUGCAAAAGUUAUUCACAGAAUUGUGUGGUUUGGAUCCAUAAUGCCGGACUGCAGGGAGACAUACAGAAAAUAUUGAGGAACGCUAGGAAGCUACCCGAGAAACAAACGCAGUUUUAUAAGGAGAUGAACAGAUUGAAAAAAGCUGUCUUGGCAAUAGGCUUCUACGAGUUAUUUGAAUCAUUGGCCUCGCUACUCGAUAGAGAGAGAUCUUUACUGCCCUCGCACACACAUCCAUCCGUUGGCAUUCAGAUUUCUUAUGCGUCGAAAGUUCUCAGGUCGCCUCAAAUACUCGAUAUCAAUCAAGCCAUUAUACCUCCACAGAUUAAUUUGUUAUAAGAAAUGUUGUCCUUGUAUAGAUUUUUUCACAGUAUUUUUGUAAUGUUAACUGUUGCGUUUAUAAAAUCUCUCUUGUAGUUUUUACAUCCUUCACUAACUUGCUGUAAAAAAAUAGAUGAAUGAAAAACAAAUGCAAUAUAUAAUUUUCAAAAAUUUCUCAAAUGAAGUUUCAAAUGAUUUAGUUCAUCCAAAUGCCACAUGAUAUCAAUUCAUCCUCGAAGUUAUCUACAACUGCUGUUGUGAGAAGUCUUCAUUUCUAUCUGUCAAAAUUAUCGAUCGAUCGGUGCUAUUGUAACAAUCGGACAGAAAGCAGCAUGGCGCCGCUGCCUCUACGUAAUUGUGAAAUUGGUCAACAAUCGUUGGGCACGCAGUUUGAAUUCAACAACAUCUGCAAACAUGUUGUAACAAUAAAAUUUAGUUAUCGCCGGUUGCAAACAUUUCCCACGCCGAUGAAUAAACAAUUAAACAUAUCUCCAACGAAUAAUUUGAAUUUCAAACACGCAGGUGAAUGUCAUCUGAACGUUUAUUUGAUAAUGCAUACCACGGAUUGCUAGCAACUGUAUAAUGUUUUGUUUCUGGACAUGCAUUUUAUCACCCGUUGAUUUUUUUUCUAUUCUUUAGAAAUCUGAUUCUGACAGACGCAGAAUUUUUACAACAUGCAAGGCAAUAUUAUAAAAUGAAAAAAAAACAGCAAAAUGGAUUAUUCAUGGAAAAUUAAAUAAUGGGAAUUAAUUUUUAUUGAUUAACUUUGCAACAGUUUAUUAACAUUAAGAAAUUGU